UAAACACACUUGUAAACCUGUGUAAAACACUUUUUAAUUUCUCAGCAUUGAUGUUUGUAAAGUCGAUAAUGCUGUAAGUUAUGGCGGGGAUUGUGUGUCGUACUGCAAGCCAGAUUAUAUCGAGUCAAGCGUCAUGCAGUUCUGUGCUUGCUGUCAGACACAGUCACUGGUUCACAUCAGUGCUUUCCCUGAAAACCUCAAUACCAUUAAGAGCAGAACCCAAGAAGAAGAAGAAGGUGGACCCGCGGCGAGAGAUAAUGAUGAAAGAACGUCUGAAGAAGAAGCUCAAAAGGCUGGAGAAAGUUCCACCAGAACUGAUUCCCAUCGAAGACUUUAUUACACCAGCUAAGUGCUUUGACGAGACCAGGAUCCGUGACGCUCCUAAACUCUCUUUUGAGGAGAGCGAGCGCAGAGCCCUUCUGCUGAAGGAAUGGUCCAGAUACAAGUACAGCCAGCACCAGACGGAGAUGGACACCAUCGAGGAGGCUCUGGAGGCCCAGAGACAAGCGCUGGACGAGCUGAAGCUGGAGUCAGAAGAGCUUUAUAAAGCAGCGGUCAGCUCAGAUAUGGACUUGUUCCCUUUCCAGCGCGAGGGGCCCAGUUACACACCUCCCAUUACAAACUAUGAGGCUCCAGAGGGCAAAUACAACAACAUUACACGAGUAUACACACAGUGAGGUGAGCCUGAGAAUGGAUUAAAAGUGUUUUCUGGUCUGAUGAUGAAGAUGAAGAGCAGCUGUCAUAAACAUCAGAGAAAUGCACUGUGAGAAGAAUGAAGCCAAUUGAAUCUAUUACUGUGUUGCGAAUCGUUGUUCGUCAUCGGUUUCAUUAAAUCAUGUUGCAAAUGAAUAAUUGUCAACGCCCGUUACAGCAACUCGAGAGAGAGGUUGUGUAUCUGAAAUACAAUUUUUUAUUUUUUUUUGCAAUUCUUGGUGUGGCCUUUAAAUGAUUUGUUUCCUUAUUUAUACCUUUCUUAUGGUUUCUAGCUCCAGGCCGGUGAUUUCAAUGACUUUUAGGUGGUCGGUGUCACGGUGGGAGGAAUACAGACACAUAAUUACAAAUAAAUUCAUGAUUAUCUAUUUACUAUCACUUCUGAUUUCUGUAGCACAAUAAAUAAGGUCUCUAGUGAAACAAUAAAGGCCAAACUCUUGUAAAAUUGUAUGUUUUCAUUC